AUGGAAAAGCAAAUUAAAAUGGAAUUAAUGAAGUCUGUGGACUCCAUAAAGAAUAAAAUAAAAAAAAUGAAAAAUAAUGACCAUGAACUGAACUUAUCCAUAGAUAAAAUGCUAAGACCUGCUACAGAGCCCCUUAAAAUCAUAGUAAAUAAGCAAAAACCAAAUAAAGACCAUAAUUUAUCAAUGCAAUCAUGCGCAAGUUCUGCUGGAUCAUUUGAAUCGGAAUUUCAGAACUAUUACGAUGCUGACUUGAGUUCUGCAGAAUCCCCAAAAAAUGAAAUUAAAGACAAUUUAGAGGCUUCAUUAGAUCUGAAUAAUUUCUAUGAUAUUUCAUCAUCAUCAUCAUUACAGCCCUUCACAAAACAGACUCAACGAAACAUGGAUUUAGAAAACAUAACAUAUCGAAAACCUUACAGAACUAGUUCACUAAGUGACAUGACCAACAUCGAAGAAUCACGCAUUUUUGAUACGACAAUAAUGAGUCUACCUGACACCUUACACAACAAUAGUCAAACUUUGCAAGACUUAAACGAAAAAAUUAAAUCAUUAACAAACGAUCUUCUAAGUGCUAAUCAAGAGAUUGAGAACCUUAAUUCCGAAAAUUUUCGUCUAAAAGCCGACCUUGAUAAGUCCUUAAAAAUAAUAGACUCAUACAAAAGAAUAAACACAUUUGAUAGGAAAAGUAUGACGCCUACACCAAGACGCAAAAGAAAGUAUUCACAAAAUAAGAUCUUAAAAAGUCCAGCACAAAUAACAAACCCAGGAACAGAUGAUCAAAGUAUAAAUAAUUCCCCAAUUUCUAAAACAAAUCGACCUUUAGAUGAAUUAGAACAAAAUGCGAUAAAUAAUGACAACUUAAAUAUUUUGACAAUACCGUCUGAAAAACCCAUGAACUUGCCUGCCUGUUGUACUACAUUUUCAAAUAAAAUAUUGCAAAAAGAUAAUCAACAAAAAACAGAAAUAAACUGUGACACUCCUCUUCUGUAUGCAAGUAAAGAGCAAAUAUAUUCCCAUGAAAAGGGUAGUAAAGUAGGGAAACGAAAAAUUGUUAUUGUAGCGGAUGAACAAGGUUAUAAAAUAAGAGAAACACUGCAGAAUUUGGUUGGUUAUGAGUUUAUAGUAACUUGCUACUCGAAGUAUGGAGCCCCUUUAAAAGAGGUGUUAGCGCCUGCAGAAUCUGAGUUAAACAAAUUGAACAGCAAUGAUUUUGUAAUAAUACUUGGAGGAAUUAAUGAUAAAAAUCCUCGUGAACUAUUGUUUUUCCUUAGACAAUUUUUAAACAAUGCGAGCAAACCCAAUAUUUUAGUAUCAGAAGUACCACGUAACAAAUAUCUUAAUGAAAGAAAAUUAAAUUAUGAAAUUAAAUUUAUAUGCUCUGAAUUUAAGUGUGUUAAUUAUAUUGAAAUGAAUUAUUCUGUCAUGAUACCUAGGCGCAAAUAUUUUCCUCUAUAUACAAGCCAGUUACUUCUACAAGAAUUAUUACGUGUGGAUUAUAAAUUAAAAUAUGAGAUAUACUGUAAAAGCUUAAAUGACAUACCGAAACAUAAGAAGACCUAUACUGAAAAUAGUACCCAAACUGACAUGUUUGACGACCCUGUAAAAUCUUCAAGAGAUGCGGGCAAUACAAAUCAUGAUAAUGAAAUUUUAUCGAUCGUUGAAGAAUUAAAAGAAGCUAACAUUAUAAAGGAAUAA